UCUAUUCGAUCCCGGUCCAAAUCAAACCUUGGGGUGGUUUUAUGCUAAUAGGCGCUGACGUGGCAGUGGUCAACCAGGAUUCUGACUGGUGGGGCCGCUAUCGUUGACGAAGACCAAGUCUUAAUGGCAUCGGCCCGCAUGUAUCGGGCGAGUGGGGAACGAAACUAGGGUUCGUUCGCGCUGUGUGAAAUCAGAGUGGAGCGGAGGAGAAAUCUGAGUGUGGCGACAGAGAGGGGGAUGUCGUGGUCGUCGAGUGUCGCGUCCGCUCCCGGAUACCGUCGAGCUGCAGGAAGGAGGGGGGAGGAGUCGCGCUCGCCGGUGCGCUACCGCGAGAAUCCAAUGUGCCACUGCAAUCCUCCGAGGAAGGCGCCAAGAUGGAUCUCCUGGAGCCGGCAGAACCCUGGCAGGAGGUACUAUUGCUGCGUGGAUGCUAUGCAUGGUGGUUGUGGAUUUGUGGAGUGGCAUGAUGAUCCUUUGCCGAAAUUUUGGAGUGAGCUGAUUGGGGAUCUGCGUGAUGAAGUCUGGAGGCUUAAAGGCGCUGCAACCGUUGCUCGAUCUGAAGGUCAAUUUGCAAUGGUAGCUCCCAGUGAAGAUCAAGCCACAAGGGAGGCCACGGUUCUGUCUCUGCUAGAUCAACUAAGAGAGAAGAAUGAAGAGAUAGCUGGGAUUAGGGCCAAAUAUCAUAAUGUGGUGUUUCUUUUUACUAUAUUUGUGCUUGGUUUAGUUGCAAGCAAGAUGUUAAGUUAGUUCUUGGUUUAGUUGCAGCCAAAUCUAAUUGCAAUUGAGUGUCUGGUUUAGUUGAAUGUGUACUGGACAAGUUAAGUUAGCUCUUGCUUAAUGUGUAAUGGAUCAGUUAAGUUGUCUUUUGUAUGCAAUGAGAUUGAGUUUGUG